AACUGCUGAACAUCAGUUCAGUGAUGAUGAACAAGGCACUCAAUGGGAGAAAUUGUCGGUUCGUCUGUUGGGCACAAUGUUUUCAAGUAUUUUUGUUGUUGUUGUUGUAUUUGCAUAGAUAAAGUGGUGCCGUUGAUGUUCUAUUUUUAAUUAAAUCAGUGUUUCUGUAUAUUUUCACCUGAAAAUACGAAUAAUUCUGUGUUGUGUUGCUUUAAAUUUUAUUUUAAUUGAAAGUUCAUCACAGAUUAUAUACAAUUUGGUUAUUAAAACUAACCACAAAUGGAAAAAAAUAAUAUUGUUGUCAUCAUUGGAUCAUAAAUAUUACGAAGAGGAAGGGAUAAAUCAGAAUGGGAAGUCCCAGUUUAGCGUAUGAAGUCCUCAUCUAUUUGAAUUCAUUCUAUUUUGGAAUGUUUGCGUGUUGCGAAUUGGGAAUGGGACUGCUGAAGGCGAUUAACUUGUCAUAUCAUGGACACACUCUUGCAAAGGAUUCAUUUAUUUUAGUUGCUGUUUGCAUUUUGGAAACAUUUCGAAUUAAUUUAGGCCGAAGUGGAUCAUUGGCUGAAAGAGAUUGGAAAGUCAUACUUUCGGUCUUCCUAACGAUUCCGUGCUUCAUGGGUGUAACGUAUAUCCUAGUCCUGCAAGCUUACAAACUACGUCUUGAAUACCUUAUGUGCACCCUGCAACUGGCAUUGUAUCUUACCGAAAUAUGGUAUGCCAUUAAAUUCGUCUUUUCAUUAUGUCGUCCUGUAACUUACGAUUAAAACAUCAUCAUCAUCCGGAAACAAACAAUAAAUCGAAGAACCAUGACAUGAGGUAGAAAAUUCAAAAACAGUAUAAAAAAGGACUUGAAUUAAUACAAAAACAAAUAAAUAAAUACCAUUUCCGUAAAAAACAAAAUAAAACGGCAACAUUUUAAAAACAAAUAGAAAAAUCUGAUAAUUGAUAUAAUGUAUAUGUUAUAUGUAUGUAAGCCUAUGUAUUCCCUCGAUAUUGGUUUCCUAAAAAUUAAAAAUAUUCACGAAAGUGAAUUUUAGUUCUCGAAACGUGAAUCUUAAACAAGAAAACAAAAAAAGGGCCUUCAGGAAAGUAAUAUCUCACAGAUCUCGCGGUCAGUUUUUGACGAAGCCAAAUCUCCGAGACCUUAUUUUCCCGAAAUUGCCCAAGAAUUACACCUUAACGCACCCUCUGCCGUCAAACAAGUGGAUCAAUAAUUCAUUAUUAUAUUAUAUUGUAUUUUUAAAUGUAAUUAUAAAUAUUUUGUUCGUAAUUUUUUUUAAAUUCAUUAUUAUACGAAUGUAUUUUGUAUUCGUGAUCGAUCUAAAUGUCUAAAAAAUUGUCUAUUGUCUUAGACAAUAAUAAAAUAUUAAUUUUAAGUUUAUUAAAACAAAUUUAAUACGAAAAUAUAUAAAAAAUAAUGUAUAAGUCAUUUUGCACAAAACAAAACAAAAUAAAAAAAAACUAAGAACAUUCAAAAAGUAACCAACAAUUUUGUGAAUCUCUUAAUGGUAAGAAUUACAUACAUAAAAUUGUAUUCAUAUAAAUAGUUAAUGUUUAGGUGUUUAUAAACUUUAAGAUUAAAGCAGCCAUAAGGAUAUAUUCAUAUAUAUUAUUAUUAAAAAACAAAAAUAAAACACAUUAACAUCCAACAUAAUAUCAACGGCUAUUUCUAAUACAUUAUAAUAAUUGUAAACAGCUAUUACCAUAAGUAAAAAACAAUUAAACCCAUCAUGUAAUCUCAAACAAACAUAAACAUUGUAAUUUAGACUGCCGUUUUGUAAGAAAAAACAGCAAAUAAAAAUAUUUAUUCAAAAGAAUUUAAAUUCAGUUCAAUAAUUUUCUAUAUUUCGACUUAUUCCAGACUAAAGGCCCAACUAUCAUAGGCAUACGCAAACAUAAGCUUAUGUCAAAAACCCAACGAAAAUUCACUUAAGUUUGUGAAAUUACUGGGAUAGUCAUAAUGCAAUUUUGCUCACGUAUCUACAUGUCAGAUUUUACUUAUGCGGCGAGCGACUGGGAUCGCUCUUGCUUAAGUUAACGAAACUGAGAAAAAUUGAACGAAACGGAGCUAGACUCCAUAAUGGCUGAAACACAAACACGCUUCAGCUUCGGCUUUGCCUGACGUUUACGAGUUCAGCCAUAGGAAUUCAUACAUGCUAUCACAAUGGAGCUUCAACCUCACGUUUCGUUUGACAAUCGUAAGGAAAAGAACGUAAUGUAACGUAAUGUGACUCCAAACGGAAGCUCUAGUUCAAUUAUCUGAACAUUUGCUUUGUCUGACAGCUCAUCAGCUGUAAAAAAAUGUGAACAAACAAAAUAUUUGCUCUUUGGAGGGAUGAAAUAAUAGAAAUGUCAUUCAAAGCAACCUCGAAGCAGGCCUAACGUAACGCAGACGAAGCCGAAGCUGAAGCGUGUAUGUGUUUCAGCCAUAAUGUUCACUCGUAUUGAGAUUCUUUGUAUUUGCACGUUUACUUAUGCGCGCAUAUAUGCUAGCUUAUGCCUAUUAUAGUUGGGCCUUAAUAGUCUUCAAUUUAUUUUUGAUUUAGAUCUGUCAAAACACAAAUGUCACUUUUUUCCAUACCAUGGGGCAACAUAAAUAAAUUUAUUUUUGAAUUAUGAUGAAAUCUGCAGAUCUGUAUUCUUUGGAAGGUUUACCUCAAUAAGCACUAAUUGUUACGAUUUUCCAUGGGAAAAAUAAAUCAAUUUAAUUUU